AUGUCGAGCGCACCACCACCAGUAGCGGCCGCGGCGGGAUCCUCUGCGGAGGCACAAGCCGCAGCCUUUGCAGACGACCCAAGGAUAUACUACGACAAGGAAUCGGGUUCGUGGAAGUUCGAAGGCGACGAUGGCACCGAAAUGGAGUACGAUGGCGUGAAGGGGAAAUGGGUGUCUAUACUCGAUGAGGAACUCGUAAAGGCGCAACAGGCUGCAUAUUCCGUCGCGGGGGUCGAUGAAGAAACACCCGCCGCACCCGUCCUGGCGCGCGAGAACAAGAAGCGGAAGCAGCAGGUCGACUACACCUCCGCGACGCCCAUCGACGCCCCGGGGCCCUCCAUCAAGCGCGGGCGCAACGACAAGUCAGACUCCACCAAAGACCCCAAGCCCCCGCGCUCCAAGAACACCGCGGUCUACGUGACCAACCUCCCGCUCGACACCGAGCAGGACGAGCUCGUCGCGCGUUUCUCCAAGUGCGGGAUCAUCGAGGAGGACGACAACGGCGAGCCCAAGGUGAAGAUGUACGCGCUCGAAGACGGGACGUUCAACGGGCAGGCGCUGGUGGUGUACUUUAAAGAGGACUCGGUGGAUCUGGCGCUGAAUUUGCUGGACGAGGCGGAGCUGAGGAUUGGGGACUCGUCGACGGUGAUGAAGGUGCAGCGCGCGGACUUUGCACAUAAAGCGUCAGGGGGAGGGGCAGGGGGGAGUGCUGGGGAGCAUAAGCCUCGGAAGACGGUCGAUAAGAAGAAGAUCACGAAACGGAUGGGCAAAAUGCAAAGGAAGCUCGAAGACUGGGACGAGGAAGACAGCUUCGGAUUCGGCAACGCAUCGACAGUACCUGGCAAGAAUAGUCGCGUCGUCGUGCUCAAGCACAUGUUCACGCUCAAAGAACUCGAGGAAGACGCCUCGCUCCUGCUCGACCUGAAGGAAGACGUCCGCGACGAGUGUUCCACGUUGGGCGAAGUGACGAACGUUACUCUGUAUGAUAAAGAGCCAGACGGCGUCAUGACCGUGAAAUUCAGAGAGCCUCUCAGUGCUCAUGCGUGCAUAGUAAGAAUGAACGGGCGAUUCUUCUCCGGCCGGCGAAUCGAAGCGAGCCUCUUCGUCGGCAAACAACGGUUCAAACGCAGUGGAACGGGUGACGAGAUCACAGGCGACGGCGACGAAGCACAGAAAAAGCGCCUGGACGACUUCGCGAACUGGCUCAUGACAGAAGGGGACUAA